CUGUUCCAAGAAAUCAAAUCUCGUCAGGCGGAGUUCAUGAAAGCGUUCAAUUCUGGCGACGCAGCCGGAGCUGCCGCUCUGUACGAUCCGGAAGGGUAUUUCAUGCCUAACGGCAUUGAUCCAGUAAAAGGGCGAGCAGGUAGUUUUUUGCUCACUUGA